CAGCGGAUGCAACAGACGCUUUAGUUUUCACUUGGAAAGGGAACUUAUCAAACUCAUGUUUCAUGUGAGGACUGUGCCAUCCCUGACUCGGACAGGGGUUAAACAAUUCCUCUCUCCUCAAAGAGCCCGCUCCAGCUCCUCAGUUGUUUCUGCUGCGCGGACAGAGCACGCACCGGCGGACAGCGACGUCAGCGGCACCGAGCAGGAGUCGGACUGUCCCGGACAGUUGGGUCAAGAGAAGCACGGCCCUAGCUCUCCUCCCAGCCGCGCUAAUGAGAUCUCCGUAGACUUUGAACAGACCCAGGAGGCGUAUAAGAGCAAAGACUCGUUAGAACUGCUCAGAAGUUUGGUGGUUUUCAAACUCUGCUCCUAUGACUUCCUUGUCGACAAGAAUCAAGAGAUUACUGCAUUGGGUAAGAGGAUUCUGGGGCCGAGAGCCUUUAACCAGUUGAUGAAGAUGACCUUCUAUGGCCAGUUUGUGGCUGGUGAGGACCACGUGGCCAUUAAACCCCUCAUCCAAAAGAACCAGGCCUAUGGCGUGGGCUCUGUGUUGGACUACAGCGUUGAGGAAGACAUCAGAUCUGAGGAAACAGAGGAAAAAGGCUCCUGUGUCUCUGCCACAGACACAAGCAUCCUCGGCAACGAUCAUGAAGGGAAACAAUAUCAAGAGCACACAAGCCUUCAUGGCGGAGCACGCAGAGCGCCAACAUAUUUCCAUACAGAUGAGUCCAAAUGUGACCAACACAUGGCCACAUUUAUCAAGUGUAUUAAGGCAUCAGGUGGAACGUCCAUGGAUGGAUUUUCUGCUAUCAAAAUGACUGCGCUUGGAAGACCUCAAUUUCUGCUGGAGUUCUCAGAGGUCUUGGUAAAGUGGCACAGAUUCUUUCAUUUUCUGGCCCUGAAGCAGGGGAAGGCCAGUGGAGGAGUUCUUGAACAGAGGAUUGACCUAACACAACUACAGGAAUACCUGACCAAACUGGGAGCCACUGGGGACUAUCAUGGCUGGUUUACUGAAAAUAACAGAGGGUCAUGCGGCACCAUCGAUGUUCUGGACUGGAACAGCCUUUUAGAAGAUAGAGAAAGGAGCGCUGACUUGCUAGUUGUGCCAAAUGUUGAGCUGGGCAAGCUGGAGCCUCUACUGAAGGAUUUCACAGAUGAAGAUGAAAAGCAAUUGCAGCGGAUUUUACAGCGUAUAGAUGUAUUAGCCAAGUGUGCUGUGGAGAACGGGGUGCGUCUGAUGGUGGAUGCAGAGCAAACCUACUUACAGCCUGCUAUCAGCAGACUCACUGUAAACAUGCAAAAGAUCUACAACAAAGAGAAGCCCGUCAUCUUCAACACUUACCAAUGCUACCUCAAGGAUGCCUAUAACAGUGUGAGCAUGGAUGUAGAACUGUCCCAUCGUGAGGGAUGGAGGUUUGCUGCUAAGCUGGUGAGGGGAGCCUACAUGUACCAGGAGCGAGAGAGAGCAGAGGAGCGAGGAUAUGAGGAUCCGAUUAACCCUGACUAUGAGGCCACCAACAGGAUGUACCACAGGUGCCUGGACUUUGUGUUGGACGAGAUCGCUCUGAAUGGGAAGGCUAACGUGAUGGUGGCUUCACAUAAUGAGGACACAGUCAAACACACCUUGAGGCGGAUGAAUGAGCUCGGUCUCACGCCCAGGGAGAACAAGGUGUACUUCGGACAACUACUGGGAAUGUGUGAUCAGAUCAGCUUUCCACUUGGCCAGGCCGGCUUCCCUGUGUACAAGUAUGUCCCUUAUGGUCCAGUGGAUGAGGUGAUGCCCUACCUGUCGAGGAGGGCCCAGGAGAACCGCUUCAUGCAGGGGGCCCAGAAGGAGCGCGAGCUGCUGUGGAGGGAGCUGAGGCGCAGGGUGGGCUCUGGAGAACUCUUCCACAGACCUGUCUACUGAGGGGCAUGCAGAGAGAGAGAGAGGGGACAUGUCAGAUAUAGUCACGUCUUCUGUUUUGAUCUUCUCAUGUGGAGGGGUGCUGCUUUAUUGUUAGCACUGGAUCUCUAAAGCUGUCCCUCUCAUGAACUCUAUACUGAAUGUCAAAGUGUUCUUCUAUUAUUGCUCAUCUUUACUCUGUUUUGUAUUUUAUAAAGAGUCUCCUCAGAUGUUAAGUGCACAAUACAUUUUAAAGUCUCUCUCUAGUAGUUGAGGUACUUGUUAACACUGCACCCUAUUCUAUAUAAAUCCAUUAUUGUUGUUGAAUGUAUCCUCUCCACACAGCAUCUGAGGAAAAUAUGCAUGUGUUCUGGAACUAACUCACAAGUGCACUGUCCAAAAUAGGAAUUCAACAGAUAUACUAAUACUGCUAUCAGAUAUUUUGGUAUUGGUUCAGUCGAAAUGUAAUUCAUACAAAGUUGUUCAGUAGUUAACAGUUAUAUAACACCCUUGGAUCCAUUUCAUCACUGUGUUUUGAGGGGAAAAUUCCAUUAUCAGUUCCUUACACUGGUAUCUGUUCAUAUCACAUAUCAGCAGCAACUUAAAGCCAAAGUAUUGAUAUUAAAAUAGCUAUCAAAUGUGAAAAAGCUAGAUUGAUAGCACCGAUACUGACAGAAUUGCUGGUUUGAGUAUUGGUCUCAUGAUAUUGGAUAUUGUGUUUUCAGGCUGAUUUUAACCCAGAACACCUCAUAAUGUUUGAAAUUGUAUUCAUGCAAAAUUGUUGUGUAGUUAUUUGAAGAAAAAAAAUAACAGGUACACAAUAUUGAUCUCUUGUGUGAGAAGUUAAUUGUGUUUUAAAGAAGAGUCUAUUUUCAGUCCUUACACUGGUGUCAGUUAAUAUCAGGUACCUUCAGAUACAUAAAGCAAAGUAUCAGUAUCAGUAUAAGAACUGAAAAAGAUGGAUCUGUGCAUCCCUAAUUGGUACAUCUCUAGUCCUAAACUUUGCUUUCUUCUACAGAAAGUCAUAUGUGAUUGUUUAUUGACUUUGAACGGACAGGGUCUUUGACAUAACAAAAUGUAUAAUGUGCAGAGGGGAUACCUUCUCUUUUAAAACAGAUAUGAACACAGAACAUACACAUAACAUCCUAUAGCUCUGCUCCACCGCCAUAAGAUGCAGUCCAUAGAUUAAGAGCUACUACUGUUUAUAAGCCUGCACUGACUUUACUUUAUCUAAUACCUCAGAAUUUAUUGAAACACUGUUACUCUUCCAUCCUCGCUGCUCUCUAUCUCCCUAUGUGCCAUGUAGUCUGUCCUUGCAUCUCUAAGCAUUCCUCAUUCAGUCUCCCACUUGUCUAUAAAGCUCCCGUAUCCAUCAAGCCGGCACCUUUACUACUCCAAGAGGACUCCCUUAAAUGUCACACAGAGCAGCCCAGUGUCGCUUUUUAUCACCCUAUUUAUUUUGCAGUGGGACAACAAUAAUAAAAAUAACAGGCUUGAUUUAAAUGGCCGUAAAGGAGACAUCAAUACGCCCGCCUGCAUUGAGUUUUUGGGGGGUCUCGGACAGCCAGACAGCCCCAGGAGGAAGACUCUUUGUAAUAUGUUGUGCUGUGCUUGAAAGUGUAGUCAGCUUUCAGAAAAUGUCUCAUGUACCUCUUGUAAGAAUGUCGUUUUUGUAUAAUCUUGGUCAGUCAAGUGUUGCAGAGAGAUUCAGUAUCCAUUAAGUGUGUAUUUAUAAUAUAGGUCCCUGGGAAUGUCUUUUUUGUUUGUUUAUUUUUUCCUCUUAUGGGAUAAUAUGUAAUACAAGAUUAAGCUGGAAGUUUGCCCAUUGCUUAUUUUGUUGUGAACACUGUGAAUAGUAUUGCAAUUGUAUGUCAAUGUAUGGGAUUUAUUUUCAGAUUUAAAUGGAACUUGUUUGUUUAUUGUCAUCUUUGUUCACAAUGAUAAGGUAUUAUUCUUAUAAUAAAAGGAUUUGGGUUAAAGGGGGAAAAAAACCAAAAAAAAAAGCAUCUCAUCUUACAUUCAAGCCAGAGAUAAUGGUCAUGCAUGUAAAAUGAAAAGCAGCAGUUGUAGACAUAGAGGUACAGUUAAAAAAAAAAAAAUAAAAAAUCAAGGGCACUGUUAACAGAACAGCAAUAUCAGCAGAAGGGCAAAGUAGACACCUUAUACAGUAGAAGAAGUAGAAGUGGUAAUUAAUGACACUGACCUUAUAUAUUAAAAUAAUAGCAAUAUAAAACAACACCUCUACUUGGCUGUG